AUGCUCCGGAUGCCUUUAUCCCUCGGGAUCCUGCUGGCCCUGCUGGGCUCCUCAUGGGCGCAGGGCUGUGCGGCCCCACAGGCGCUGGUGUCGGAGCUGCUGCAGCGCCUGGAGGGCUCCGUGCUGGAGGAUGCGAGCCCGGACCCCAGUGUCCUCCUGGCCCUAAACCUGGCUGGGACCUCCAAUAGGGCCGUGCAGAAGCUGCUGCUGGAGCAGCUGAAGGAGCAGGCGGUGAAGAGGGCCCCGCACGGCAUGGCCUCGGGGCAGGUGGCUCUGCUGGUCCUCGCCCUCCUGUCCUCCUGCCAGGACCCACAGCAGGUCCAGGCCCUGGGGCUGAGCGUGGACCUGCUCCACAUCCUGCAGCAGAGGACGGACGAGGAGUUGGCCAACAUGGAGGUUGAAGGUGUCCCCAGGACCACCCUAUACAGCGUUGGCCUGGACACCCUCACCCUGUGCCUGACCGGGGUUGGUGGCUACCAAGAGGCCUCCGUGGAGCUGGCCAAGGAGCUGCUGAGCCCCUCCAGCCCCCUCUCUGUGGACACCCAGGCCAUGGCGGUGCUGGCGCUGGUCUGCACCCAUGGGCGCACGGAGCUCCGGGAUGUGCGGGAUCUGCUCCAAGAGGCUGUGUCCAUGGUCACCAACGGGUUCCUGGAUGAGCAGGAGGAGAAGGGAGGACUCAUAGGGAACAUCUAUAGCAUGGGGCUGGCCAUGCAGGCACUGGAAUCCGCAGGGCAGUUUUACUCCCCUCGGCAAUGGGAUUGCUCCCAAGCCCUCUCUGUGGUGUCCGAGCAUCACUUCCAGCUGCCCAUGGCCAUGGCCCAGCUCCUGCCUGCGCUGCUGGGCAGGACAUACCUGGAUGCAGCCAGCUUGGAUUGUCCCUCCGGCUCCAGCGCAUCCCGGAGCCUGCUGGAUGCAUCCAUAGGGAUGGAUGCUCCGGAUCCCAUAUCCGGAUCCCUGCCGGUGGAGUCCAUCACGGUGCAGUUCUCCAUCACCAACCGCCUGCAGGGGAAGCCCUUCAGCUACAGCACCAUGGUGAGGGUACCAGAUGGAUCCACCCUGCUCAGGGUGAUGGAGGUGGCGGCCGAGGAGAACCCCGCGGUCUAUAGCUUCCAGACGGAGCAGGUGUCCUGGGGGAUCAUGGUGGUGUCCAUCCAUGGGCUGGCCGGGAAUGCCGAGGAUCGAACCUAUUGGCAGUUCCUCAGUGGUGGUGAUGCUCUGCAGGAAGGGGUCGGGCUCUACAAGCCACGGGACGGGGAGCACAUCCAGGCUGUGUUCAGCACCUACUGA